AUGGGGGUCGAAUCAUGGGAGGUACAUGGCGUGCCGGUGCGCGCGGUGAGCGAGGUGAACAGCGCCGAGUACGACGCGCUCGUGCUGGUCUCCACCGAAGGCGUGUUGCCGCCGCAGGCCCUCGAAGACUUCGUGGCCGCGGCGCGACAGCUCGACGCCAGCCUCGACAAGAACGUGUCCGUGUUGGCGUGCCCGCGCGUGUCCGGCGGUAGACUCGUGGUGUCGCCGACCGGGCCCCUCACGGCCUACGAUGACGUCAGGAGUGUCGGCGAGGCGGCGCUGGCGGGCGUGCAGCGCGCGGUGGCGGCGGGCUCGCUGCGCCCGCUCGUAGCGCUUCAGCCGCACUCCUCGUGGCCCAACGCAGAGCUCGUCACGCUACUCGGGGCUCUCGAGGCGCUCUACGUGCCGCUGCAGAUCCGCGAGUCGUUCCCGGAGGAGGCGCACAAGGUGGAGGCGCUGGGCGUGUACGGGGAGGGGACCCGCGCGCCGCUCUCGCGCCUGCUCGCCGAGGGCGUCGCGCUCGAGAUCUCGCGGGGCGCGGCGCGCGACAUCGGCGGGGCGGACCCGGAGCGCAUGACGCCUCUGCGCGCGGCGGAGUACGUGCGCGAGCUGUUCGCGCCGCCCAGCGCCGUGAGCGUGCGCGUGCUGGACGAGCCGGCCGAGCUGCGCCGCCAGUACCCGCUGCUGGCCGCCGUGGACCGCGCCGCCGCCACCGUCGAGAGACACCGCGGUUGUGUCAUCUUCCUGGAGUACGUGCCGAAGAACUAUGAGCGAACAGUCAUGCUCGUAGGCAAGGGCGUCACGUUCGACACGGGCGGGUGCGACAUCAAGGCGGGCGGCGUGAUGGCCGGCAUGUCGCGAGACAAGUGCGGCGCCGCCGCCAUCGUCGGCUUCGUCAAAGCGUGCGAGCUGCUCCAGCCCGACGUCAAGGUGGUGGCCUCGCUCGGCAUGGUCCGGAACUCCGUCGGCGAGCAGGCCUACGUCGCCGACGAGCUCAUUCGCAGCAGGAGCGGGCUGGCCGUGCGCAUCGGCAACACCGACGCCGAGGGCCGCAUGGUCAUGGGAGACCUUCUCGCCGAGAUGGCGGAGCGCGCGCCGAGCGAGAAGGAGCCGCACCUGUACACGGUGGCCACGCUGACGGGCCACGCCGUGCGCGCGUACGGCGCGGGCUACACGGCCGCGCUCGACAACCACGCGGCGCGCGCGCUGGACCACGCGCGCGCGCUGCAGGCGGCCGGCGCGGCGCUGGGCGACAUGCUGGAGGUGUCCACGCUGCGGCGCGAGGACCUGGCGGCGCACCGCGGGCGCGCGGCGGGCGAGCACGUGCACCAGGCCGACAACGCGGCGUCCAGCGCGCUGCCGCGCGGCCACCAGGCGCCGGCCGCCUUCCUGCUGCUGGUGGCGGCGCUGGAGCGAGGCGCGCUGCGCUACACGCACCUGGACGUGGCGGCCAGCGCCGGCGCCCUGCCCGCGCCGCCCACGGCCGCGCCGCUGCUGGCGCUGGCCGCGCACUACGGGCUCGUGCACGUGGACCUGUGCUGA